GGGGCGGGGGCGGGGAGCCGAGGUGAGGAGUCGGUCGGAGUCCCUCGGCUGAGAGCUCGAGAGCUACCGGCGCCACCACCCCCCGCCGCGUCACGGCUCCCGGGCCCGCCCUCCAGUGGCCCCUCCUCCCCACUCCGCUUCCCCCUCCUCUCCCCCGCCCCUCCGACCGAGCGGUGACUUAAGCAACGGAGCGCGGUGAAGCCCAUUUUUCUCCUUCCUCGCCGCCGCGCCGGGCAGCUCGCGGCGCGUGGCCCGCACACUCCCGCCCGAGAUGAAUGCUGCGGCAGAUGCCGAGUUCAACAUCCUCCUAGCCACCGACUCCUACAAGGUUACUCACUAUAAACAGUACCCACCCAAUACAAGCAAAGUUUAUUCCUACUUUGAAUGCCGUGAAAAGAAGACAGAAAACUCCAAGAUAAAGAAGGUGAAAUACGAGGAAACAGUAUUUUAUGGGUUGCAGUACAUUCUUAAUAAGUACUUAAAAGGCAAAGUAGUGACCAAAGAGAAGAUCCAGGAAGCCAAAGAGGUGUAUAGAGAGCAUUUCCAGGAUGAUGUCUUUAAUGAGAAGGGAUGGAACUACAUUCUUGAGAAAUAUGAUGGGCAUCUUCCAAUAGAAAUAAAAGCUGUUCCUGAGGGCUAUGUCAUUCCCCGAGGAAAUGUUCUCUUCACAGUGGAAAACACAGAUCCAGAGUGUUACUGGCUUACAAAUUGGAUUGAGACUAUUCUUGUUCAGUCCUGGUAUCCAAUCACAGUGGCCACAAAUUCUAGAGAGCAGAAGAAAAUAUUGGCCAAAUAUUUGCUGGAGACAUCUGGUAACUUAGAUGGUCUGGAAUACAAGUUACAUGAUUUUGGCUACAGAGGAGUUUCUUCCCAAGAGACUGCUGGCAUAGGAGCGUCUGCUCAUUUGGUUAACUUCAAAGGAACAGAUACAGUAGCAGGAAUUGCUUUUGUUAAAAAAUACUAUGGAACGAAAGAUCCUGUUCCAGGCUAUUCUGUUCCAGCAGCAGAACACAGUACCAUAACAGCUUGGGGGAAAGACCGUGAAAAAGAUGCUUUUGAACACAUAGUAACACAAUUUUCAUCAGUGCCUGUAUCUGUGGUCAGCGACAGCUAUGACAUUUACAACGCGUGUGAAAAAAUAUGGGGUGAAGACCUAAGACAUCUAAUACUGUCAAGAAGUACAGAGGCACCACUGAUAAUCAGACCUGAUUCUGGAAAUCCUCUGGACACUGUAUUAAAGGUUUUGGAUAUUUUGGGUAAGAAGUUCCCUGUUACUGAGAACUCAAAGGGCUACAAGUUGCUGCCACCUUAUCUUAGAAUUAUUCAAGGGGACGGAGUAGAUAUCAAUACCUUACAAGAGAUUGUAGAAGGCAUGAAGCAAAAAAAAUGGAGUAUUGAAAACAUUGCCUUCGGUUCUGGUGGAGCUUUGCUACAGAAGUUAACAAGAGAUCUCUUGAAUUGUUCCUUCAAGUGUAGUUAUGUUGUAACCAAUGGCCUUGGGAUUAAUGUCUUCAAGGACCCAGUUGCUGAUCCCAACAAAAGAUCCAAAAAGGGUCGGUUAUCUUUACAUAGGACACCAGCAGGGAAUUUUGUUACACUUGAGGAAGGAAAAGGAGACCUUGAGGAAUAUGGUCAUGAUCUUCUCCAUACUGUCUUCAAGAAUGGGAAGGUGACAAAAAGCUACUCAUUUGAUGAAAUAAGAAAAAAUGCAGAGCUGAAUAUGGAACUGGAAGUAGCACCUCAUUAGGCUUUAUGAGUGGGUGUGUGUGCUCGCCUGCGUGUGUGUGUGUGUACGUGCAUGCACACACGUGGACACCUGCGUGUGAGUAUAUAAUAAUGUUUAUUGUACAGAUGUGUGGGGGUUUGUGUUUUAUGAUACAUUACAGCCAAAUUAUUUGUUGGUUUAUGGACAUACUGCCCUUUCAUUUUUUUUUUUUUUCCAGUGUUUAGGUGAUCUCAAAUUAGGAAAUGCACUUAACCAUGUAAAAGAUUAAUGCUAAAGUAAGCUUUUUAGGGCCCUUUGCCAGUAGAUAGUAAUUCAAUCUGGUAUUGAUCUUUUCACAAAUAACAGAACCCAGAAACUUUUAUAUAUAACUGAAGAUCACAUAAAACAGAUUUGCAUAAAAUUAUCAUUGAUUGCUUUAUGUUUAUAUUUAACUUGUAUUUUUGUACAAACAAGAUUGUGUAAGAUAUAUUUAAAGUUUCAGUGAUUUAACAGUCUUUCCAACUUUUCAUGAUUUUUAUGAGCACAGACUUUCAAGAAAAUACUUGAAAAUAAAUUACAUUGCCUUUUGUCCAUUAAUCAGCAAAUAAAACAUGGCCUUAACAGAGUUGUUUGUGUUAUUGUACAAUUUGAAAAUUAUGUCAGGACAUACCCUAUAGAAUUACUAACCUCACUGCCCCUUGUAGAAUAUGUAUUAAUCAUUCUACAUUAAAGAAAAUAAUGGUUUUACUGGAAUGUCUAGGCACUGUACAGUGAUUAUGUAUGUUGGUCAUUGUAUUGUACCAGUGAAAUGCCAAAUUUGAAGGCUUGUACUGCAAUUUUAUAUGUCAGAUACUGCCUGUGGCUCUAACAUGCACCUCAAGAUUUUAAGGAGAUGUUUUUAGAGAGAAUUUCUGCUUCCACUAUAGAAUAUAUACAUAAAUGUAAAAUAUUAACAAAAGUGGAAGUAGUGUAUUUUAAAGUAAUUACACUUCUGAAUUUAUUUUUCCUAUUCUAUAGUUGAUAUGACUUAAAUGAAUUACCGGAAUGGGUAGUGAGUGUACUUAUUUUAAAUGUUUUGAUUCUGUUAUAUUUUCAUUAAGUUUUUUAAAAAUUAAAUUGGAUAUUAAAUUGUAUGGACAUCAUUUAUUAAUUUUAAACUGAAUCCCUCAAAUAAUGCUCAACCAAGUUCUUAAAUGAGGAUAAAUUAAAGCAUGAUGACAUGAGUUUGAAUAGAAGAAUCUUAACCAAGAGUAGUAAGUUGGCUACAUUCAAAGUGUUCAACAUCAAAAUGUGAUUAACUGCUAGAUUCUGACUCAGUCAUCACAUCUGACUAGAGACCAGUUUCAAUGAUUCUUUUCUAUUUACAUCUGUUCUGAGGCAGGAGUUGGCCAGCUAUGGCCCACAGGCCAAGUUCAGACUGCUCUCCUUUUUGUAAAUAUUGUCUAUGACUGCUUUCUCAGGACAGUGCAGAAAUCGAGUAGUUACAUAGUGACUGUAUGACCCACAAAGCGUGAGAAGUUUAAUUAUCUGGCCCUUUGCAGAAAAAGUUUGUUGACUCCUGGGGUCUAAGAAAAGGAGUGUGUGCCUUGAAGUUUAAGAGAAAUGUUGAUUUCCAGGGAAGGGAGGAAGCUAUAUGUUGAUAAGGAGUUUGUCUCUCUUUUGUCCUUUCUCUUCUUAUUCAAGAAUCUGAUCUUGGAAGACUGAUUUUGAAAGCUUUAACUACAUGACAUUAAAUGUGAAACUUUAAAAAUUAAAAAGCCAUAAAUCAUCUGUCCUAAACAGUUACAUGAGAAAGGUAUUUAUCAGUAGAAUAAUGUCUCUUAAAAACAUCAUUAAAAAGAACAUGGUUUUUGCAGAUGAUUCUAAACACUUGUUUAUUGAGAAUAAUAAGCAUUAUUCACUUUUAUUAAGAGUUUUCAUCCUGUAAUUCCUAGUGGAAAAUAAUUUUAAGCUGAUUCUUUUAAAUGUAUCAAGUAAAAAUUAGUAUUAAAAACACAGCUUUCUUCACAAAAUGUGCUAAGGGGCUUCUAGAGAAUUAAAAAACCAUAUUUAUUACCAAAUAACAACUUUGAUAACCACCCGUAAUUUUGAUUUUGUUUAAACAUCGGAAUUAUACUAGAGACAAUAUUCUUUGUGUACUGUGAAUCCCAGCAGUUUCAGAGUAGCUAGAGGAGUUUUAUUUUAAAACUUUCAGUGAAUGCUAAACUCUGUACGUUUGUACAUGGCCAUAGAUUGCAGAGGGGUGGAAUGAUUAAUUAGCCACUUGGAACUGAUUCAUCUGAAUUUCUGUGACUAAGCACUUAAUAUUUGGCCAUCCCCAUUCUCAGUAGCAAAUGGUUGACAUAGUUAUCAAAUAGAAUUCUGCUGUGUGUCACCUUUAAAUCAGCCUGACUCUUCCAGACAAAAGCAAAUGGCAUGUAUGGGUUUGCUUCAGUCAUUAGAUUUGCAGUUGAUGUCAGUUAAUCCCUCUCAAUUCAUAAUAUCAUGAAGUAUUUGUAUUUUAAAUAGAAGAUAGGAGUUCUGCAUUAAGACUCUUUAUUUGUAUUCUAUACUUCAAGUCAAAUGGUUUUAAUGAUUAUCCCUUAUUUCCUUUCUUUAAAUAAAUUGUUAUGAAAAUAUUUUAUAAUGAAAUUCAUCUUGGAGAACUAGAAAGAGAAAAAUGGCAAGGUAAUUAUUGUUCUGUUUGCCAUAAUUUAGAAUUCAACACUUCAAGGCUUUUGUAGUUUUACAUUCCUUUUUAACCCAUUCAGUGGAGAACGUCCAGCUUUUCUCCCAAGUUGUAUGUCAAUUCUAAUAUGUAUACAACAUCAAAGGUGAACAUGUAAUAAACAUGGAAAUAAAGUUUAGCUCUGUUAGUGAAAUGAUAAAGUUGACUGUGUGCUUCAAAUACUGGCCAUUUCGAGAUUUACCCCCUUUUAGGUAUUCCUCCAAUUCAAAGAACGAGAAAAGGAGAGAGGCAUCAAGGACGACUGCUCUAUUUCCUGCCUUGUGCAGCUAUCUGAAUGGCAGUGCCUCUUACUAAGGACACUGAAGGGAGACCAGAUUUGGGGGGAAAGGGCACGAGUCCUAGGUUAAGAUCUGAGAUGCCAUAGAGACAUCUAAAUGUGGCUAUCAGGGACACGGGGGUCUCCAGGUACGAAUGUGAUGUACAGCUGGUCAUGAGAGACACAGGAAAGGGUACUUCUCUAGGGAGACAGACGACGGCCUGGCAAACCAUAUGCCACACCCAGCCCGUCUGUUUUUGUAAAUGCAGUUUGAUUGGAACAGGCCACCCGCAUCGGUCCCAUUAUUGCCUGUGGCUGCUUUCACGCUACAGUGGCACAACUGAGAAGUUGUGACAAAGACCUUAAGGCCUGCAGAGCCUAAAAUCAUUUGCUUUAUGGCCCUUUAAAGAAAAAAAUGUGCCAAUCUCUGCUGGAGGAAGGGUAUAAAGAAAAGAGGACCCAGGGCAAACUCCGGGGAACUCUAAAAAGUUAAGUGGCAGAAGCUAAGCAAAGAAGCCGGACAGGUAGAAGCUAAAGAGAUGAAGGGAAAACCAGGAGGAGUAAAGGAAGGAUGAAAGAAGGGAGUGCUUCUGCACGGUGUCGAUGCCGCCGAGAGACCGAGUAGAGGGAGGGACUACAGGCGCCCGCUGGACUGAACCUGGAAAGAACUAGCGGCUUACAGACAGACAUUCCCUCCACAGCAGUAGAGACGGCACACGGCAGAAAGCGGCCGCCUUACAAAACUGAAUUCUGGAUGUAAAAGAGAGGCAAGAAAUGAGGCAACAGAGUGUCUUCCCUUCCUUCCCUUUUUAGCUCCUGCUAAAGGAUUCGGGAAAGAGGGAGAAGUUGAAGGUAACAGAGCCAGGAGGACUCCAUGAUGGUGCUGGGGUCCAAAGAGGGUGGAAGACGAUGGGGUCCAAAGCACUGGUCGAGGGACUGGCACGCUUGCAGACGGGCGUGGGAUAGGUGCGCGUGCAGGCUGUGGUUUUCUCUAUGAAGCCAGAGACCAAAGGGGAUUGGGCUUUUGAAAAAGGAGGUUUUAAAAUAGUUUUUGUGGGGAGUAUAAUAGGACUACAGAACAGUGUGGAGGACCCAACUGUUUGGUGACUGAGAACUUGAAAGUGAAAGUUGUGAUUCUUUCGUUCCGUUCCAUAGUAGCAUCCUGAUGCCUGGGUGCGGACACGGAGAACAUGGAGAUACGGGGUGUUUUGCCAGAUGAGUCUGAUAAAACAACGGGAUGCUAAUUGAGUAAUUACUGAAAUAAUGGUCCUACGUAGCUAAACUGGACAGGUAAGGACGUGAGGGCUACGCAGAGCACCGGGAAGGUGGUAGGGAGCCCGAGGGACAGUCUGAUAGCAGCUCUGAUCUACUGGGAGUUGCUGGAACAGGCAGGUUUGAGAGGACAGGAGACACUAGUCUCAGACCAGGAUGCUUGGAUUAACCAUCGGAGAGUAGCAAGUUCAUGGUGUACGACUUUCCGGGGUAGGACCUUGCAGUGGCUAAAUGCAGACGAUCAUGAGACACAAAACAAGAUCAGGAAACCCGAGAGGGGAGUUGGGUUGGACAGUGGACGUUAGAAUCAUCCAGAAGGAUGGCAGAAGUUGAAGUAGUAGAAGAAAGCUGUAUGAGGCACCAGCAUGUUCAGUGAGUGAAGGAAAGGGGCUGGGAGGUCAACAGGAGGCAGCAACAGUGAGCUGUGUGAGCCUCGAAGGGACCGGGCAGUGGGGACUGCUGACCCAGGCCAGCCUGCAAGAGGAGGAGCCCAGCCUCUCCAAAGCGUCCAAGCAUGCGUGGACAAGUACAAACUGAUAAAAAGCACUUUGCGUAUUGCCAGAGGUUUGAUGUCCUUUACCAGGCACUCAGUCAGUAUUUGUUGACAUCGUGAAUGGAGGAAAGGAAUAAUCUCAAUAAAAAAUGUAUUGAUUUUAUUAGCGUGCUACAAACACCCCUUCCAUUGACAUAGGCCCAAGUGUUCAAGCCUUUAAGUGCAUUUUUGAAAUUGCAUUUUUUUAUUUUGGAUGGUUUGAAUGUUUCAAGAUUUACAUUUUGUUUAUAGUUAUUUUUAAAAAAGCAGCCAAAUAAAACCAGUCACCGCUCAUGUAUUCAGGUUCUUCCCACCUCAUUUUAAAUUCCUAUUUUAUUUGAAGUUUCUCUAAUUGUGACCUGUUCCCCAGAGACAACUCCAUCUUUAUUUGGUUCACAGUUAUUUGUUCUACUAAAACUUAGGAAAAUAUUUGUUUAGGUUAUUCCAGCAAAGAGAAAUAUGUUCUUGAAAGGAAUUUUAGAAUCAAAUUACCAACUUCACCCAAAUUUCUUUAACUAACAUAGAAGUGGGCCUUGAUAAUCAGGAAUUUGCCCGUAGACUACCACAGGGCAACUGAGCCUUCACCUUCCUGGUAUAAAGACUCUUGGUGACUUAGUAGUAGUAGUAGUAGUAGUAGUAGUAGUAGUAGUAGUAGUAGUAUUCACAGGAGACAUGGGGCUUUUACCACAUUUCAGGGCUUGUGCUGCUCUCUUGGUGAGCAGAAGUUGACAGUUGACUUUUCUACCGGUUUAUAGCAUCGUCUCUGCAAAAAAAAAA